AUGGCGUCGCAAUCCCCCCUCUACAUUGGGUUCGACCUGUCAACCCAACAGCUGAAAGGUCUAGUCGUCAACUCGGAGCUCAAAGUCGAAUACAUCGCCAAGUUCGACUUCGAUGCCGACUCGACCGGCUUCUCCAUUAAAAAGGGCGUUAUGGUUAAUGAAGCCGAGCACGAAGUGUUCGCCCCGGUCGCGUUGUGGCUGCAGGCCAUGGAUACCGUGCUGGAGAGUCUGCGCAAGCAAGGGCUGGACUUUAGCCGGGUGAAGGGUAUUAGCGGGGCCGGACAGCAGCAUGGUAGUGUCUAUUGGAGUGCUGAUGCGGAGGGUCUGCUGGAGAGGCUUGAUGCGAAGAGGUCGCUUGAGGAGCAGUUGCCGGGUGCCUUUUCGCAUCCGUAUAGUCCCAAUUGGCAGGAUUCGAGUACGCAGAAGGAGUGUGAUGAGUUUGAUGUCCUUCUUGGGAGUCCCGAGCAGCUUGCUCAGGCGACGGGAAGCAAAGCACACCACAGAUUCACGGGUCCUCAGAUUCUUCGAUUCACGAGGAAAUAUCCCGAGGUGUAUCAGAAGACGGCCAGGAUCUCGCUGGUCUCGUCGUUCAUUGCCUCGCUUUUCCUCGGUCAUGUUGCGCCCUUUGAUAUCUCGGACGUGUGUGGGAUGAACCUGUGGAACAUCAAGAAGGGCGCCUAUGAUGAAGAAAUCCUCAAUCUGUGCUCUGGCAAGUUCGAUGUCGAGGAUCUGAAGAAGAAGCUGGGCGUGGUUUACGAAGAUGGAGGACUACAUUUGGGACAAGUCCACCAGUACUACAGAGAGCGCUUCGGCUUCAGCGCAGACUGCACUGUCAUUCCAGCUACGGGUGACAACCCUGCGACCAUCCUCGCGCUGCCAUUGCGCCCAUCCGAUGCCAUGGUAUCCCUGGGUACAUCCACGACCUUCCUCAUGUCCACCCCCAACUACAUGCCCGAUCCGGCCACUCACUUCUUCAACCACCCGACCACCGCCGGGCUAUACAUGUUUAUGCUCUGCUACAAGAACGGCGGCCUAGCCCGCGAACACGUCCGUGACGCAAUCAACGAUAACCUAAAAGACACCCCUGCCCAACCCUGGGCUCACUUUGACGAAACAGCCCUCUCCACACCCCCAAUGGGCCAGCAAAACCCCACCGACUCCAUGAAACUAGGCCUCUUCUUCCCCCGGCCCGAAAUCGUACCAAACCUCCACGCCGGCCAGUGGCGUUUCACAUAUAACCCAGCGAACGGCGACCUCACCGAAACAACCACCGGCUGGACAACCCCACAAGACGAAGCCCGCGCCAUCAUCGAAAGCCAAAUGCUCUCCCUCCGCCUGCGCUCCCGGGGUCUCACCCAAAGCCCCGGCAACGGCCUCCCGCCUCAACCACGCCGCGUCUACCUCGUCGGCGGUGGAUCCAAGAACAAAGCAAUUGCCAAGAUUGCGGGCGAAAUCCUCGGCGGCGCCGAGGGCGUGUUUAAGCUUGAUAUUGGCGAUAAUGCGUGUGCGCUUGGUGCGGCUUAUAAGGCUGUUUGGGGCAUUGAGAGGGCGGAGGGCCAGACGUUCGAGAAUCUUAUUGGGCAGAGGUGGAGGGAGGAGGAGUUUGUGGAGAAGAUUGCGGAGGGGUAUCAGGAGGGGGUGUUUGAGUUGUAUGGGAAGGCUGUUGAGGGAUUUGAGGCUAUGGAGAAGAAGGUUUUGGAGGGGGUUGCUCGGGGAUAG